UAUGGGAGAGUCUGUAGAGAAAAGCUCAGAUGAUUUUAUUAUUUCAUUGAAUAGUGACUGCUCCAAGGAACUGGGGGAGCUCAUCGAAAACUCCAGUGGAGAUAACAGAAAAUUUGAUGACACUGGAUUUACUUUAGCUCUUCAGAAUGGCCUGGAAAACCUGAGGCUUGAGAACUCCUUGACAGAUGUUAUUUUGUGUGUUGGAAAUAAUUUUUUUUCAUGUCAUCGUGUGGUUCUGGCGGCAGCUAGCAAUUAUUUCAGAGCUAUGUUUUGCAAUGAACUCAAGGAGAAAUAUGAAGAGAAAAUUGUGAUUAGAGGAGUUGACGCAGAAACCAUGCAAAUAAUUUUGGAUUAUACAUACACUAGCAAAGUGGUGAUUACUAAACAUAACGUGCAGAAAAUCUUAGAAGCUGCUAGCCUUUUUCAGUUCAUGCGUAUGGUUGAUGCAUGUUCCAGUUUCCUAACCGAAGCUCUUAAUCCAGAAAACUGUGUUGGAAUUUUGAGACUCGCUGACACGCACUCUCUGGAUUCUUUGAAACUACGAGUUCAGUGCUACAUCAUCCAGAACUUUUCUCAAGUAUUAAACCAUGAGGAUUUUCUAGAACUACCGUCAGAAGUUCUUUAUCAUAUUUUAAAAAGUGAUGAGCUCUAUGUGACUGAAGAAGCCCAGGUUUUUGAGACGGUUAUAAACUGGGUUCAUUACAAACAGUCCGACAGACAAGUUCUGUUGCCAAAGCUUUUAGAAUGUGUCCGGCUCCCCUUACUGGAUCCUUGGUACCUUGUGGGCACAGUGGAAGCAAAUGAAUUCAUUAGACAGUGUCCUGAAGUCUUCCCUCUACUGCAAGAAGCAAGAAUGUAUUACAUGACCGGCAGUGAAAUAGUUUCAGAGAGGACAAAACCGCGAAUGCAUGAGUUCCAGUCGGAAGUAUUCAUGAUAAUUGGGGGAUGCACAAAAGAUGAAAAAUUUGUUACCGAAGUCACUUGUCUAGAUCCUCUAAGAAGGAGCCGUCUAGAGGUGGCAAAACUGCCAAUUUCAGAGCAAGAAAAUGAGAAUGAAAAUAAAAAGUGGGUUGAAUUUGCUUGUGUCACCUUCAAAAAUGAAGUCUAUAUUUCAGGUGGUAAAGAAACACAGCAUGAAUGUUGGAAAUACAACUCCUCCAUCAACAAAUGGAUUCAAAUAGAGUAUUUAAAUGUGGGCAGAUGGAGGCACAAGAUGGCUGCCCUUUGUGGAAAAGUGUAUGCCAUAGGAGGCUUUGAUGGUAGUCAAAGAAUAUACAGUGUCGAAGUCUAUGACCCAUUCCACAAUUGCUGGUCAGAGGUCGCCCCCCUAUUAUAUAGUGUAAGCUCCUUUGCCUCUGCAAGUUACCAGAGCAAAUUGUUUGUUAUCGGCGGGGGACCAAACGGGAAGCUGGCUACAGAUAAAACACAGUGUUAUGAUCCCACGACCAAUAGUUGGGGUUUGAAAGCACCAAUGCCAGUGGAAGCCAAAUGUAUCAAUGCGGUCAGUUUCUAUGACCAUAUUUAUGUUGGUGGUGGUGCAAUGAAAGCUCUGUACUCCUACAGCCCUCUUGAAGACACAUGGUGCCUUGUCACAAAGUUUAGCCAUGAGCGAGCAAGCUGUGGGAUAGCAGCAUGCUGUAAUAAAAUAUUUAUAACAGGUGGCCGAGAUGAAAAAAACGAGGUCAUUGCAACUGUCUUGUGCUGGAAUACAGAGAAUGAGAAACUGACAGAAGAGUGUGUUCUUCCCCGAGGUGUCUCCCACCACAGCAGCGUUACAAUAAGGAAGUCAUACACUCACAUCCGUAGGGUCAUCCCUGGCGCUGUCUCUGUCUGAGCCUCAUCUCACCUGCAAGAAUAGAGCAGGCAGCUUUCAUCGGCCAAAUUCAGCAGCCCAAAAAGUGAUUCACCGGGUUGAAGAAGAACAAAAAGGAUCUAAUGAGCUUAGGUAUGCUGUGAAUUGUGUGAGGCACCUUCAGAGCACACCAAGUGACCAUCACUCCUCUGACUCUUUCCAGACCCAAAACUAAUUUAAGAAGUUCAGAAAUUAGAAAUAUAUUUAUUAAAUAAUAGCAAACAGCUAUUGUUGUUCUUCUGAUGGAUCCAACAUAAAGCUAAAACAAUGAAAAUGUAAUAUAUAAAUGAACAAAAUGCACAAACUAUAACAAUACAUGAAGGAACAUGUUUAAUGUGAAUCUCUCCUCAGAAAUCUGCUUGAUUACAUUUGAUUUUACAACUAAGGUAAUGCAGAUGGGAAUUCUAAAUGGGAAUGGUUUUUAACUUAUGUAUUUUUGUAAUAAAAUGAUAUAUUAGAGUGAGCCUGCAA